UUUCGCCUUAAUCUCAAAUAUUCGCAUUUUGAUUUAAUUAAAAUAAAUCGGAAAAAAAAAAAUUAACUACCAAAAAAAAAUAAAAAUCAACCCACAUCUUUUUCAUGUCUUCUUCUAAAAGACCCCCCCCGCCGCUGAUGGCUUUCUUCCCCUGAACCUGAACUUGCUCUUUUGCUUUCUGUCAGAACCUUUUGAAUUCAAUUUUUCAGAUACUUUAUCGUUUUACAGUCUUUCGCCAUAGCUCACAGCAGCGAACAAGAAAGUGCAUAGGAAGGCUAUAGUUAUUAGUUACACAAGAAAGCGGACAAUUUUGCGAUGGCGAAUAACCAGCUGAAUGUGGAUGAGUGCCCAUCGUGGGGCUCAAGAAGCGUCGAUUGCUUUGAGAAACUCGAACAAAUUGGGGAAGGAACAUACGGUCAAGUAUACAUGGCCAGAGAAAAAAGAACUGGAGAAAUUGUUGCUUUGAAAAAGAUACGUAUGGAUAAUGAGAAAGAAGGGUUUCCUAUUACUGCAAUCCGUGAAAUUAAAAUCCUCAAGAAGCUGCAGCAUGAGAAUGUUAUUAACUUGAAAGAGAUAGUAACAUCUCCUGGUACUGCAUCGAACCUCAGUCUUAAGGCCGAGAAGGGAAUGAUCAACCAAAUCCAGUACAAUGGAAGCAUCUACAUGGUUUUUGAGUACAUGGAUCAUGACUUAACUGGGCUUUCAGAUCGGCCCGGAUUGAGGUUUACUAUUCCACAAAUAAAGUGUUAUAUGAAGCAACUUCUAACGGGUCUUCAUUAUUGUCAUGUAAACCAAGUGCUCCAUAGGGAUAUUAAAGGUUCCAAUCUUCUUAUUGACAAUGAGGGGAAUCUGAAACUUGCUGAUUUUGGACUCGCACGUUCCUUCUCAAAUGACGUCAAUGCAAAUCUUACGAAUCGGUAUGGUCCAGCUGUCGACAUGUGGUCUGUGGGUUGCAUCUUUGCUGAGCUCUUGUAUGGAAAACCAAUUUUACCAGGAAAAAAUGAGCCUGAACAGUUAAACAAAAUAUUUGAGCUUUGUGGAUCCCCAGAUGAGGUGACGUGGCCUGGUGUUUCCAAAAUCCCUUGGUAUAACAAAUUUAAGCCAUCACGUCAAAUGAAAAGGCGAAUCCGAGAGCUUUUUAGACAUUUUGAUAGACACGCUUUGGAUUUGUUGGAGAAAAUGCUUGUUCUUGAUCCAGCUCAGAGGAUAUCAGCUAAGGAUGCUCUAGACGCCGAGUAUUUCUGGACGGACCCUUUGCCGAAAUACGAGUCGUCCCACGAGUUCCAGACCAAGAAAAAACGUCAGCAGCAGCGGCAGAACGAAGAAAUCGCAAAGAGGCAGAAACUCCAACACCCACAGCAACACGCUCGUUUGCCUCCCAUCCAACACUCUGCCCAAACCCAAACCCAAGCCCAAGCCCACCAUUGGAACAACACCACCAAUCCCCAGCCGCCAAUCGCGGGCCACCACCAAUAUGGGAAGCCCCGUGGCCCGCCAGCCGGAGGGCCCAACAACAGGUACCCGCCCGCCGGAGGGCCCUACCCGUCUCAGGGGCGGGUCGCCCAGCCUUACCCAGUAAACAGUGGGCCCCGUGGGGCUUACGGGUCGGGUCCCCCACCCCCUCCGGCGAGUUAUUCCGGCAGUCAGUAUGGAGUUUCCGGCGGAAGAGGUCAGAAUCCGGCGGGCGGCAGCAGAAAUCAACAGUUUGGCUGGCAGCAAUAG